AGGCGCGAUAAGUAUUAUAUAUAGACGUGGACACACGCGUUGACGAGACGCGGGUACGAUUAAAGGCGUAGAGACGCAGCAACGGAGGAUAGACUGGCAACAAAGGACCAGAAGCGGAUACAACAUGUCAGAUGAGGAAGACAAACCCCCUGCACCCCCUGUUCGAUUGACAUCAAACAGGGGGGAAGCGCCUAAUCUACCUGUGGAUAUGCGCCCACUGCCUAAGGAGCCGGAUUCUGACGAGCGCAAGAAGAAGACCCUGAAGAGCAAGAUGAAGGUGAAGGAGAACAAGGACAAACCCAACAUCAGUUACCCCACGAACUUCGAGCACACCGUGCACGUCGGAUUCGAUGCCGUGACCGGUGAAUUCACGCUGCCAUUGAAAGGUAUGCCGGAGGCGUGGGCGAGAUUACUUAUGUCCAGCAAUAUUAGCAAGCAGGAACAGAAGAAAAAUCCACAAGCUGUGUUGGAUGUACUAAAUUGGUAUGACAGUAGCAGUAAGGAAGCAAAAGGCUCUAAGUACAUGACUACAACUAAAAUGGUUGGAGUUGUCGCUCCAAUCGAAAGGGCGAGUAGUCCGCGAAGUAUGGGAAUAAGUAUCGGCACGGGGGUGGGAAAUAUUCGCGGCCAGGCGAUGUCUCAGGCAUCCGGCAGCUCUCAUUCUCAGCAUUCGUUAAGCAGAGUGAGCAGCAGUAGCCCGAGUAGCACGCCGACGGACGCGUGUGCGACUAGCUCGGAGCAGGAAGACGAGCCACCGCCUCCGCCGAUCUCCGCCCGACCGGAACGCACGAAAUCGAUCUACACAAAACCCAUAGAAGAGGAACCACCGCCUCCCUUGACGACCACGCUGGGCUCGCCACAACGAAAUGGCAUGCAACAACAACAGCCCCAGUCGCAGUUAGAUAGAAAUAAGAAUCAAGCAACGCCGACGUCAACAACGACCGAUCAGACGCGACCGGCGCAAGGUGAUAAAGCUAGAAAGAAGAAGAUGUCGGACGAUGAGAUAUUAGAGAAGCUUAGAACAAUCGUGAGCGUGGGAGAUCCUAAUAGAAAAUAUACAAAAAUGGAAAAGAUAGGACAAGGUGCCUCGGGGACAGUGUAUACAGCAAUAGAAACGUCCACCGGCAUGGAAGUUGCAAUAAAACAAAUGAAUCUGUCGCAGCAGCCAAAGAAAGAGCUUAUAAUAAACGAGAUUUUGGUAAUGCGGGAGAACAAGCAUCCGAACGUUGUAAAUUACUUGGAUAGUUAUUUAGUUGGGGAAGAACUCUGGGUAGUCAUGGAAUAUUUGCCAGGCGGCAGUUUGACGGAUGUUGUGACUGAGACUUGUAUGGACGAAGGUCAAAUUGCUGCGGUGUGCAGGGAAGUGUUGCAGGCGCUCGAGUUUCUUCACUGUAAUCAAGUUAUACAUAGGGACAUCAAGUCCGAUAAUAUUCUAUUGGGUCUUGACGGCGGGGUAAAAUUGACGGAUUUUGGCUUUUGCGCGCAAAUCUCACCGGAACAGAGCAAACGAACGACGAUGGUUGGCACGCCGUAUUGGAUGGCGCCGGAAGUGGUAACGCGAAAGCAAUACGGACCUAAGGUUGAUAUAUGGUCGUUAGGAAUAAUGGCAAUCGAGAUGAUCGAAGGGGAGCCACCGUAUUUGAACGAAAAUCCAUUGAGAGCAUUGUACUUGAUUGCGACAAACGGCAAACCGGAAAUUAAGGAAAAGGACAAGCUAUCGGGUAUAUUCCAAGACUUCUUGGACCAAUGUUUAGAGGUCGAGGUGGAAAAACGGUCCGCGGCUUCCGAGCUAUUAAAGUGAUGAGAGUGAAGAGUGGUUCAGUGGUGGUAGUAGAGCCAGGGAUUGAUCAAGGAAGGCGAAAGGAGAAAGAACAAUAGAGUGUGAUUAGACGCAGACCGACACCCUUUUCUCACGAAUAUACAAUUUUCAAGAGGUAACAGAAGCGAUCUAAAAGAUCUUGGAAGAGAAAAACUAAAGAUUGAUCAGAUCGUGAGGAAACAGCUAACAUCCAUAUGAUACUAAAAGAAUAAAGAUAGAGAAAUGCGUACAUAUGUGAAACAAUUUUGCUCAAUAUAUAUACAUUUUUACAUCUGAUUUUUGCCCAUUAGUCAUCAUUAAUUAUAUGCUUCCAAUUCAAUUAUACGCUUACUUAGCAAUAUUGAAAGUUACGCAAUCAUACAUACUUUAUACAUUGCAUUUGUAACUAUAAUAUUUUUUCAAAUGCAUAUCGCAUUUUUAUUUUUAUCAUUUUAUUUACGUUAUUAUAUAGAAAUAUUGUUAAGUAAUUUACACUUUUAGCUGUGAGUAUUGAAACACACAAGUGAUUAAAUAUUAUCUCAAUUGUGGCGUAAUUAUAUAACGACAAAAAGCAAAGGAAUUUUAUUUGCAUCGAAGAGAUAUGCUUGUAAAAAGUGAUAUCUAUAUGCGUUAAGGGUUUGCAACUAAAAAGAAGGCAUUAUUCGAUUGCUCUUAGCUAAAAAUGAACGUUACGUUUAUCGCGAGCAAUUAUCAAUAAUUUUAUACUCAUAAAGUAUCAAACAAUGCAGCAGAUAUCUUUGUCUAUCCUUUGGUCAUAUCACCAAUGUUUCAUAAUGUACGGCUAGCAUAUUAGUUUAAUACAAAAAUUGAUGUAAGUCUAACACAAUCACACUCUAAGCAAGUGCAUGCAGGAACUGAGGAGAACAGGAAAUUUCGUCUAAUGUACAUAACAUUAUAUUUACAGUGAAAAGAAAGAAGAUAGACGAAUGCUGUAUAUAUAGAAUCUGUUUUUCUUACAAAAAAAUUCUCUUUUAAAUAAGUAUCUACGUAGGAAGUUUCUACAUUCGUAAAUAUGUGAAACAAGCCCAAGGAGCGAGUGAAAAUGUAAAUAUAAUCAUGAUCUUUGCUACGAAUAAUUUAAUGAAAAAUUCAAUCUUAUGAGAAACUAAACAUAAAUAGAUUUCUACUUCGGACAGGUAUAUAGAAGAGUGAAAUGUGACCAGGAUAGGUUCAGUAAUAUUAUGUAAGUGUAUAAUUAUGAUACAUGUUGCGAUUGUGAUCUUGUAAAUAGUGAGCGGGUGCAACGCUGGAAAUGGAGACUCGCACUCACAAGAUACGGUGACUAUAAAUAUUAUCUCAAUUGGCGUAAUCAUAACGACAACGUGUAAAAGCAAAGGAAUUUUAUUAGUAUUGAAGAGAUAUGCUUGUAAAAAGUGAUAUCUAUGCGCUUUAAGGGUUCGCAACUAAAAAGAAGGCAUUAUUUGAGACAAAAAUAAAUGUUACGUUUAUCGAGCAAUUAUGAGUAAUUUUAUACUCAAAAGUGCUAUACGAUAUACAGCAGUUAUAUCCAAAAUCCGUUCUAAGUGGUUUUAAUGUACCCGCGCACUAUUGUGCGACGUUUAACGUUAAGAUGAACAUGAGGCGUGAACCAGAAUAGUGCGGCUUCUAACUAAUUGUAAGAACGCGAGCAGAAUUACGAGAGAUACGCUAACGAGGUGGCGAUC